GAACUCGUCAUUCCUGUUUGCUUUUCACGCAGACAGAUUAGAGAUAAAGGAGUCCUCGCUCUGUAAGCGGCUCGCAGACCACCGUUCCCAGCCGCAGAGAUGAUUUUUUUAUUAGCGUUAUUCAGUUUUUGUUUCGCAGAGAGUUUUUCGCUCACAAUCUGCUCUUUUAACAUAAGAAAUUUCGGAGAAGCCAAAAUUGCCAAAGCAGAUGUCGUGGCCGUCGUCGUGAAGAUCGUCUCGCGCUGCGACGUCGCGCUUCUGAUGGAGAUCAAAGACAACAAAGAUAAAGCCGUUCAUCUCUUAAUGCAGCAGCUUAACAGCCAACCGGAGAUGAAGGAUGAUUUCAGUUUGAUUAUCAGCGAAAGGCUGGGGCGGAAUUCCUAUAAGGAGCAGUAUGCCUUUAUUUACAGGAAGCAUCGGGUCUCGGUGAAGGACGCCUAUCAGUACCCAGACGCCCACCCGGGCGACGUCGAUGCCUUCUCCAGAGAACCUUUCGUUGUUUGGUUCAAAUCCCCGCACACCGAAGUGAAAGAAUUUAUUAUCGUGCCGCAGCACACGACCCCCGAGGCGGCCGUCCGCGAGAUCGAUAAACUCUACGAUGUUUAUCUCGAUGUCCGACAAAAAUGGAAAUCAGAGAACUUUAUCUUCAUGGGCGACUUUAACGCUGGAUGCUCUUACGUUCCCAAGAAGCACUGGAAGAACAUCCGUCUGAGAACUGAUCCAGAGUUCGUAUGGUUAAUCGGGGAUGGAAGUGAUACAACGGUUAAAGGCAGCACAAAGUGUGCAUAUGACAGGAUUGUGGUUCACGGACAGAAGAUUCAGCAGUCCGUGGUCCCCGGCUCGGCCACCGUAUUUAAUUUUAUGGAAGAAUUCGGAUUGAACGAGACUCAGGCUCUGGAAGUCAGCGACCAUUUCCCGGUGGAGAUUCAGUUAAAAAAAUCCAAAGGGUUUAUGGAUAAAGUCAAAAGUUUCUUUCGAAAGAUCAAAGGAAAACGUUCUUCAGAGUGAUUGUUGAGACUACGGCAAAAAAAAACAAA